AUGUCCGAGGUACUCUUUUUCUAGGAAAGUCACAUCUAAAGUAGUUUUUCUUUAAAAAAUUUUAUCAUGAAAAAAACAACAGAGUUUGUCAUGAAUAAACAGUCGAAAAAAAUAGAAAUAAUAUUUUUUUAUUACUAAGCAGUAAAUGAAAAAAAUUCAUUUUUUUAAAAAUUCCAAAGCUAUGAAACGUUGAACUUCAACAAUUCCAAGCUAUUUUGAACUUUUUGAUAAAUUUUUUUACAUGGUUAGCAAACAGAUGGGCGGAAAAAGCGCUUCUAAAAACCUUUUUAGCCAACAGUAUAUGGAUAACACUACUCUCAAAAAGUUUCUCAAGAUAGCCUCGAAUGAACUACAGUUAGCAAGUGAAAUGGACAUAUUCUCAGACGAGCAGAAUAGCGACUGUGGUGGCAGCAGCGACUCCGGCGGCGACGGCAGUCGCGGUCGCGGUGGAUUCGGUGCGACUUGGCGUCAACGUGGCCGACGACGUCAGUCACGGAACGACGCGAAAUACGACAAAAACAAUGGCUGGAAUCGCCGGCGGAUGGAGUGUUGGCACGGGAGCCGCGAUCACUGGUAUGUUUUAAGGAAAGGGAAAAUUCGGACGAAGCUUGGAUAGUAAGAGAGGUUUGACUUAUUCAAUCGCCUCGACACACAAAAUUCCAACUCGAUUGUUCUUUUUUAGGGGCAACGGUCGGAAGUAUGUUGUGUCCGGGAGUUGGGACUCUGAUCGGCGGCAUCGUUGGCGGCAUCGCUGGGGGCUUCGUCGGCAGCAGCGCUUCGAGAUUCGCCGCCGACAAAAUCUCCGACAAACUGCACCAUGACGUGGAAGUCCACAAGUGUCAGAAGUGCGCCAAGUCGUUCACCUAUCGGAAGUAUAAAUCAGAAGGUGACGAGGAUUUAUGCGAUGAUUGCUCAGAAUAA